AUGAGGGCGCUGCGUCGAUCGCGGACAGUGAGGACGCCGUGGCGCGUGUUGAUGUCGCAGCCGUUCUCGUCGAGAUGCCCGAGGCUGGCGACACUGCUCCAGAGCACCACCCGCACCACCAAGUCGGCCGGCGACGUGGACCCGGCGCUCGUGCUCAGCUCCACCGACGCGGAAUAUUCUGUGUUGGGUGGCUUUUGCUUGCUAUGUCUCCAGAGUAUAUCAAGCAGCAUGGGAGAUGGAGCCAAAUGGAUGGUCAACAAAAUAAAAGGAAAAAUGCAGAAACCAUUGCCUCAACUCCUAAAGGAAUACGACCUUCCAAUGGGCCUCUUCCCACAAGACGCGACCAAUUACGAGUUCGACGAGGAGACAAAGAAGCUCACGGUGCAUAUCGCGUCGGCGUGCGAGGUUGGCUACAAGGAUUCGUUGGUGCUCCGGUUCUUCACCUGCGUGACCGGCAAACUCAACAAGGGGAAGCUGUCGGAGGUGGAGGGCAUCAAGACCAAGAUCCUCAUCUGGAUAAAGGUGACCGCCGUCAGGACGGAAGCCUCCAAGGUGCAUUUCUGCGCAGGCUUGAACAAGACCCGGAAUCGCGACGCCUACGAGGUUGUCAGGGACGGUGUUUCAAUAGACAAGUUCUAG